UCAUUCCUAAUUCCAGCAACUUUUUCUUCCUUUUGCUGCAAGGAGAAUUCUUCUUACGAACAAGUCUUCAUUUUCCUCUAGUAGUUGCCAAGGAAAAGCAUAGGCAGCACUGUUCCACUGAUUACCUUUGCCUUUGUUCAUUUACCUCUAUGGUUUUCAACAUCUUCUGAAGGGCGACAAUUAGGUUUUUGAAAAAAUAAGCAGGAUGAAAGGAGGAAGCAGUAGUACAGAAGAUUCAAAGUUAAGCCCCAAAAUCCAACUUGAAUUCGAAGAAGAGGAGGAGGAGGAAGACGAUCUCGAGACAGAAGAAGAUAGCAAAGCUAAAGGUACAACAAGAACCAGCUCUAGUAACAGCACGGUUGAAGAGAAUGGUAAAAAGACCAAUUCAGGAAGUGUACGGCAGUAUGUACGCUCAAAAACUCCGAGGCUACGGUGGACGCCUGAGCUCCAUCUUCGCUUUGUUCAUGCUGUUGAAAGAUUAGGAGGCCAAGAUAGAGCUACACCAAAAUUGGUUCUUCAAUUAAUGAGCAUUAAAGGCCUCAGCAUAGCGCAUGUCAAGAGCCAUCUUCAGAUGUACAGAAGCAAGAAAACUGAUGAUCCCAAUCAAACAGUUUCUACAGAUGGAAGAUUCCUACUUGAAAAUGGAGAUCACCACAUUUUCAAUCUUACCCAACUUCCUAGGCUACAAGGGUUUAACCAAACUUCUAGUUCGAGCUUAAGGUACGAGAAUGCUUUAUGGAAUCGCCAAGCUAAUUCUGUGUACAAUCCUUAUAACAUGGAUAUUGGGGGUGUCUCAAGUAUGAGUACUAGGCAUGGGUUUUCAAGCCACAUCAAUGGCCACUCAUCAAAUGGUCAAUUAUUUACAUGGAAUAAAACCCUUGAACAUGAGAAAAAUAACCAACACCGGACUCAAUUCCUUCAGAAUCAAAGAUUUUGGCCGACUCAAAUCGGAAGAAGCUCUGCAAAACAAAAUCUCCUAAUGUCAAUACCAGUAAAUAGAAAUAGAGAUAAAGGUGAGAUAGUCACGCAAUUCAACAGAAGAGAGCAAGACAUAAUGACACAACUGCGCACUAAUAAUUCCCUUUCCUCGAGGGGGAAAGGAUGGAUGAGUGAAGAAGUUGCAGGGAUGACGACAACAACAACAACAAGCACAUCGAAUAAAAGAAAGAAUCAAGAUUCAGAAAUCAAUCUCGAUUUGAAUCUUUCACUGAAAACAAGAGAGGACAAUGAUGAUCAUCAGAAAAGAUUGAAAGCUGAAGAAGUUGGGAAUCUUCUUUCCCUUUCUUUGUUCUCAUCAACUACAAACACUACUGCAGUGGAUGACGAAAAUAAUGCAAAAAAGGCAAGUACCCUAGAUCUGACUUUGUGAAUGGAGACAAUAUUCUGAGUGAGAUUUUGAGGUACUUGUUUGAUUAAAUAGUAGUAGCAUCAUUUGCAGCAGAUCCUUGUCCCAUGUAUAUGCUAGCUGCCAUUGUGCAAAAGGUAACCUUGUCCGUUGCUUGUCUUGCUAUUCCCAAUUUGUAUGCAUAAAUCACUAGUAAUAUAUCACUGAGGAAACCUAGGCACCAAUUAGUUAGUUUUAUUUAUCUGAAUUUUUACUCAUCAACAUUAUUGGACAAUGGGAAUAAAUGGAAAUAUAAAUUAAACCCAACUCUUGGUCCU